GGACGCAGCGGACACGAUGGACGCCGUCAAGUUUCUGCUCCUUUUUCUGAUGAGCUCCUCCGCUUGUCUGGCUCUGCUCAGAGUUCCUCUACAACGGGGGCGCUCCAUUCGCUCGCAGCUGCGCGCCGACGGCGUGCUGCAAGACUUUCUGCGCGAGCACCGGCCCGACGCCUUCAGCCGCCGCUACGCUCACUGUUACCCCGUCGGGUCGCCCUCGCUGCGCCUGGGCCGCUCCAGCCAGAAGCUCUACAACUUCAUGGACGCUCAGUACUUUGGUCAGAUCAGUCUCGGGACUCCAGCACAGAACUUUUCGGUGGUUUUUGACACGGGGUCAGCGGAUCUUUGGGUGCCGUCGUCAUACUGCGUCAGCCAGGCCUGUGCGGUGCACCGCCGUUUCCGAGCGUUCGAGUCUUCCUCGUACCGCCACGACGGCCGAACGUUCGGCAUCCAUUACGGCUCGGGUCACCUGCUCGGGGUGAUGGCCAGAGACACGCUCAAGGUGGGCGAGGUGAGCGUGGCCAACCAGGAGUUCGGCGAGUCGGUGUACGAGCCGGGCUCCACGUUCGUGUUGGCGCGCUUCGACGGCGUGCUGGGCAUGGCCUACCCCUCGUUGGCCGAGAUCCUGGGCAAGCCCGUCUUCGACAGCGUGAUGGCGCGCAACUCCCUCGACCAGCCCGUCUUCUCCUUCUACCUCAGCAGGAAGUCGGGCGGCGGUCGAGAGGCGGACGGCGAGCUCCUGCUGGGCGGCACCGACGAGGCUUUGUACGACGGCCCCAUCACGUGGCUUCCCGUCACCGCCAAAGGAUACUGGCAGAUUCUCAUGGACAGCGUGUCUGUCCAAGGCGUCGGCUCGUUCUGUCCUCGCGGCUGCCAGGCCAUCGUGGACACGGGCACCUCCCUCAUCGCCGGGCCCGCCGCUCACAUCCUCGCCCUGCAGGAGCUCAUCGGAGCCACGCCCACCGGCAUCGGCGAGUUCUUCAUCGACUGCGCCAGGUUAUCGAGUUUGCCGCACGUGACGUUCGUUCUGGGCGGGAAUGAGUUCACGCUGACGGCCGAACAGUACGUCAGGAAGGAGAUGCUGGGGGAUAAAGAGCUGUGCCUGAGCGGCUUCCAGGCGGUGGACAUCGUGUCGCCUCAGGGCCCGCUGUGGAUCCUGGGAGACGUCUUCCUCACGGAGUUCUACAGCGUCUUUGACCGAGGGAACGACCGCGUGGGCUUGGCGCACGCUCGCCACCCUGCCAAGAGCUAACUUGAUGCAAACGCUCCGAUCGGCAGCAAUAAAGACAAAUGCUCUCAAAGCCUU